UUUGUAGUCAGCUCGGUCAUACGGAUUUAACGAUGGGCGGUACCUUAAGUAACAACGAUGGGAAAUACACGUCAAAUGGUCCAAUGUGGUUCCGCUUGUCAUAUUGUCCCCGAUACUCCGGUUCAUGGUAUCGUUUUGACCAUGACAAGAUAUAUGAAUGCAGACAUGGUCCAUGGGGUGAACCUGAUCCUGACUCUUGUUCAAGGGAUAGCGUGGCUACAGCCAGAUGCGUCUAUGUGGAUCAGACGGAUGACUAUUAUCCAGAUGAAGAUGUAAGUUGGCAACCCGGUCUCGGUGGAUGGGAGGUUUUUCUCGUCGCCUUUGCUGUGGUUGGACCAAUGUGUCUUAUCAUCGGUUGCUGCUAUCGAAGUCGACGUUCUCAAACAAUCAUAGCGACGGGUACUCCUGCUACUUACACGUCAGCUACCAAUGCUACGCAUAUUGAUGGAGUAUCCUCAGAAUCUACAGACCCUGCUCCACCCUAUGUUCCUCCAUCCCCGGCUCCUGUCGAGUCUCCUCCUACAUAUGAUUCUGUUACUGCACCAAUGACUCCGGCUGAUAACACCGAUGCCUGUAUGACAAAUAAUGCAGAGAAGUCAUGAAAUACACUGUUGGUCAUUAAGGUGGAAUGAUUUGUUUUUGUUGCCCCAGUUUGUGGAAUGAUUGGCAAUGUACCAAAUGUAUUUUGAUAGAAAUGCCGCUUCAUAGUAAAAGAUAGUAUUGUGAACUAAAUUAUGUUGAUAUCGACAUUGACUUAAGUACGAAUACAUGAACCUCUAUAAAUGACUUUCCAAAGGGUAAAGGGUUGAAAAUUGCACAUUUAAAUAUUCGUAGUCUUAGAAAUAAGGUGCAGGAUUUGCAAUUAUAGUUGAAACAAAAUCCGUACGAAAUAUUCUGACCUUGUCAAAAACAUGGCUAAGUGAAAACAUUUGUAAUUUAUUGUUACAUGGUUCGAGGCAUGGCCAAACAGAGGAUUUUUGUAACGUUGGGGAUUGGGGUAAAAUGCAUUGAAUUAUUGAUAACGUAAUUGCAUUUAAUUUGUUGUCCUUUAUUUGUGGGGACAGCCCCCUACGCUAGCUUUGUAACUGUGAGGCCCGAGGAUCAAAACCGUGU